AUGGAACAAAUCAUCAAAGUUUUACCAUUUCUUAAACCAAGAAGGGAGAAAGAAGAAGACAAGCUAUCAUAUUUUUUCAAGAAUGGAAGUUCAACAUUGGAGGAGGUUAUUGCUUCUUUUGGCGGACGGUACGAACUACCUAUCCGAAGCUUUGCUGCCGAGGAACUCAUCAAGGCAACCAAAAAAUUUUCUGAACGAGUUCGUAGUACUAACAUUGGUGAUAUGUUUGCAGGUAAUUUGAAAGAACGACCAGUUUUAGUUAAAUUUUAUAGUGGGCUGACAAAGAAUUCUUCUUGGAAUGAAACUGCCCCUGAUAGAAUUAUUCGCGAUAUAGUGGUUACUUCACAAGUUAGCCACCUCAAGAAUGUCUUGCAGCUUGUUGGCUGCUGCUUGGAAUUUGCGUAUCCAGCUAUGGUGUAUUAUUAUGCUCCUGGAUCUGAGUUUCUUACCAAUCGUCUGCGCCUUCCUAAUAAUGAUGGUAAACUACUAUCUUGGAAGAAUAGACUGACAAUUGCGACUGGUAUUGCCAAUGUUUUGCUUUAUCUUCAUUCUGCGUUUUCUGCACCCAUCAUUUUUGGGAAUUUAACCAUAAAUAAGGUGAUAAUCGACCGAAGCGGUAUAGCUAAAUUGUUUGAUUUCGGCUUAUCUAUUUCCCUUCCUCCUGGAAAAUCAGAGGUGGAAAAUCAGCUGAAAUGGAUACAUGUUCCGUCUGGCCCUCAAUGCUUCAAGUCAAAUAUUGUUACUCUAAAGAGUGAUGUCUACAGCUUUGGUUUCAACCAAAUAGCGGAUCAAAACAUGUUCAAACAGCAAGGUAAUUAUAAUGAUCCUGAGGUAGAGCAGCAGUUGCUUGAUUUCCUGGAUCUCGCUUUGAGAUGCACAGAACAUGACCGAGCGGAUAGACCAGAUAUGAUUGAAGUUGCAAAGUUGCUCCGUCAAAUGGAGAAGUCUGUUCGUUAUUCUUAA